GGCCUGAGUUUGAUUCGCAAUUACAUCUGAAGGUCAGAGCAAUGCUGAAAAGCUACACCUUCUCCAGUUUGUGGGAUGUGCUAUCUAGGCCACUGGACGUUUAUCAGAAUGACAGAAAAAAAGAUGGCGAUUACAGAAAGUUAUGAAGGCUCAUAAAAUGAAGGAGUCAGUGACCUGUAAGUGCUCAUUAUGAAGAGAGAUCUGGUUUUCUUGGUGACUCUAAUUAGCCUUGCCUUCCUGUCACUGCUAAGAUCUGGAUAUCCUCAACACAUUGCAGAGGAGUCCUGCUCUGUUCAGAUUCUUGUUCCAGGCCUCAAAGGGGAGGCUGGAGAAAAGGGGGAGAAAGGUGCCCCAGGUCGUCCAGGCAGAGUUGGACCUCCAGGAGAAAAAGGAGAAAUGGGGGACAAAGGACAGAAAGGCAGCAUAGGACGUCAUGGAAAAAUUGGUCCUAUUGGUUCAAAAGGUGAAAAAGGAGAUAAUGGUGACAUAGGACCACCAGGUCCUAAUGGUGACCCAGGCAUCCCUUGUGAGUGCAGUCAGCUAAGGAAGGCGAUUGGUGAAAUGGAUAUUCAAGUAGCCCAGCUGACGACAGAACUAAAAUUCAUAAAAAAUGCUGUCGCCGGCGUGCGCGAGACCGACAAUAAGAUCUACCUGCUGGUCAAGGAGGAGAAGAGGUACAAGGAAGCCCAGCUGUACUGCCACGGACGAGGAGGGACGCUGAGCAUGCCCAAGGAUGAGACUGCCAACAACCUGAUUGCCUCGUACAUCAACCAAGCUGGGCUCACCAGGGUCUUCAUUGGGAUUAACGACCUGGAGAAGGAGGGGAAUUUCGUCUACUCCGACCGGUCACCCAUGCAGACCUUCAACAAAUGGCGCAGCGGGGAGCCCAACAACGCCUACGACGAGGAGGACUGUGUGGAGAUGGUGGCCUCUGGGGGCUGGAAUGAUGUUGCCUGUCACAUUACCAUGUAUUUCGUGUGCGAAUUUGACAAAGAAAAUGUCUAAGCUGCUCUGCUCUUUCUCUGUUUUAAGAAAAAUGUUUAAGACGGUGGUACAAGUUGCUCCAUGUUUAUAGAGUACAAGUGAAGUUUUGCAAGUAUGUGGUGUCGGAGUUGUACAGCUGUAAAUACAGUUUAGGUAUUUCAAAUAUCAGAGUUUACCCUUCAGAAGGGAAGAGCAGUAAUAAGGAAUAGCUUGGUUGGCUUUUUUAUAUAAAGGAAAAUAUAUGUGUUUAGAUAAAAAUGUACUUUGGGGCUAAAUUUUGCCCUUACAACAGUUAACAACUGUGAUUGCAUGACUGUAAGGGAAGGCAAAAUAUGGCCUCUAGUUGUUAGAAUGGUAAGAAUUAGAUUCCUGAUAUUCUUUUAUCUUAGUAAAAUUUGUAGUUAUAAAACCUAAUAACUUGUAG